CCCCGCCGUCCACAGCGACACCUAGCGUGCGCCCGUCGUCGCAGUCAUGGCCGUCCAGUCGAAGCUCCGGCCAACGAAGGAGCACCUUGCUCAGCUCGCCAGCAUAUACGCGAGCCAUCGGCCUCUAGUCCAGCGUGGUCUCACUGUGUCCUUCGUGCUGUAUGCUCUUGGAUCGACGUACAGGAGCUUCUCAGCUAGGCCGGGGCAGUCCUCGAGCUCCUCGUCCAAGCGCAAGGGAAAGGGGAAGGAAACCGCGGACUCCUCCAAACCGCGCGUCGCGGUCGAUGCCCUCUUCUACCAGAGACUGUCCAGAAUCCUGCGGAUAGUCAUCCCGAGCAUCCGCUCCAAAGAAGCGCUGUUACUGUUCAUGCACUCGAGCUUGCUCAUCUUCCGGACAGUCAUUUCCCUAUAUGUUGCCGGCCUAGACGGAAAGAUUGUAGCGUCAUUAGUGCGCGCACAACCUAUCCCUUUCCUCUUGAAUAUUUUGCGAUGGCUUUUGGUCGCUAUUCCCGCUACAUGGACGAACAGCUGGCUGGGUUAUGUCCAGAAUAAGCUGGCGUUGGCGUAUCGGACGCGCCUUACUGAGGAGGUUAUGAAGCAAUACUUGGGGGACGACGCCGAUCCUACGGACGUCAAGGUGUUCUAUAAGCUAGCGAACCUCGACGACCGCAUCAAGAACCCUGAUCAAAUGAUCACACAUGACAUCCAGCGGUUUUCGACACAUCUCGCAGCCAUUUACGCCAACGUUGCGAAGCCCGUGCUGGACGUGAUCCUCUACAACUACCAGCUCUCACAGAACGUCGGUGCCGAGGGGCUCGUCCUCCUGACAGUCCUCGUCCAAGCGUCCGCAGCGCUACUGCGCGCCCUGACGCCCGCGUUCGGGCAGUACACGGCGCUUUCCGCGCAGCUUUCGGGUAACCUGCGCCACACGCAUUCGCGGGUGGCCGAGUUCUCGGAGGAGGUCGCGUUCUUCGGCGGAGAGGAGACGGAGAAGAUGCUGGUUGAGCGCGAAUACGCUGGGUUCGUGAAGCACGAGAACUACGUGCUCACGAAACGUUGGUGGCAUGGCUGCGUCGAGGAAGGCAUCGUCAAGUGGCUUUGGGGAAGCUUCGGGUUGUGCAUUUGCGCCAUCCCGACGUUCUUCAAGCUGCCUGGUGUAGCUGCGCUCGACUUGGGAGGACGUACUGAGGGCUUCGUGACGAACCGUCGAUUGCUACUCUCCGCGUCAGAUGCCUUUGGUCGCGUGAUGUACUCGUACAAGGACCUCUCCGAGCUCGCGGGGUACACUACGCGUGUGGCAACUCUGCUUGAGACGAUGUCCGACGUCCGGAAGGGCAAGUUCGAGAAGGCCCUCGUCAGCAGCGCGACAAUCGAGGAAAACGCUAAGAUCUUGAGAGGCCGUGGAAUUGUCGUCGAGUCGGAAGAGAUCCAGUUCGAGAACGUACCGAUCGUGACGCCCAACGGAGACAUCCUCGUCCGGAGCCUGAGCUUCUACGUUAAGCCUGGACAACAUUUGCUCAUCGUCGGACCAAACGGCUGUGGCAAAUCAUCGCUCUUCCGCAUUCUCGGUGGCCUUUGGCCCGUAUACGGCGGAGUCGUGCGCAAGCCACCGGCGUCGCAGUUCAUCCUGAUUCCGCAGCGGCCAUACCUCUCCCUCGGCACACUUCGCGACCAGGUCAUUUACCCGCAUAGCAAGGAGGACAUGGAAGCGCGUGGCAUUACGGAUGAGCACCUCCGCGCAGUGCUCGAGGUUGUCCAGAUGGAGAACAUCAUCGAGCGCGAAGGCGGCUGGGACGCGGCGCGUGAGUGGCGCGAGGCGCUGAGUGGUGGGGACCAGCAGAAGAUUGCAUGGGCGCGACUGUUCUACCACCAGCCCAAGUAUGCGGUUUUGGACGAGGCAACGUCGCUUGUCCCGCCGGACAUGGAGGGCAUGAUGAUGGACCAGGCGACGCGCCUCGGCAUCACACUCCUCACCGUGUCCCACCGCCCGUCGUUGUGGAAAUACCACUCGAUGAUCUUGCAGUACGACGGCCAGGGCGGAUACGUCUUCACAAAGCUCGACGCGGAGAAGAGGCUCGCGCUGCAGCAGGAGAAGGAGGCGCUAGACAUGAAGCUGCUCGAGGUGCCGAAGAUGAAGGCGCGCCUCGCAGAGCUGCAGGAGCUCGCCGCGGAGCGAACCCGUAUUUGAUGUAUCUAUGGCUAACUUGCAGAACAGCAUGUACGCCCCUAUGUAUGCCAUAUGGACCGAUAGGUUUGCGUGGCAAACUCAACCAUCUGGUAGGAGCGCAUACAUACACGCCGCGCUAUUGCUCGGCUUGCUGCUUAAUAUGUUAUUGAUACUUGUUGGACAUUAAUGUAGUGGAACACUUAAUUUAUAGAACAACAGAGCCCCACACAUAAA